AUGGGUGCAAUUGGAGAAAAUAUUGGCAAGAGAAGCUCUGAACUGAUGAAAUUUUACAGCGUCGUACGCGAGAUACACAUCGACCCAGCCUUGACCAAGCAUCGAGCCGACCUCAAGGACGAAAACCUCUGUACCAUUGCCAGUCGAAUGUACUAUGUGGGCAAGCACAUCCACGUGUUCAAGCCUUUCCUAACUAACGCCAUCAUAGCGUCGGCACAGUCAGCUUACCAGCACGGUGAACCGCCCAAGUUCGAGGAGAUACAGUACAACUACAGCCUGGACAAUCCCCCAAAGUGCCUGGAUCCCAAGGUCGUAUCUAUGCGCGACUAUCAGUUGGUGGGGUUGAACUACAUGCUACGUAUGCACUCGGACUAUGGCUCGUGUCUCCUGGGAGACGAG